AUCUAUAUCUUCUCCUCCUCGAGGCAUCUGUGCUGCCUCCCGCUUUCUGCUGUUCUUGUCCUAGAUUUCGACUUUCUUUACUCUACAGUACUUUCAGGAUGGCUCCCUCUGCGUCGAAACAAAAGCGCUUGGCCGAAAAGGCCGCAAAGCAGGCUGCAAAGGUGAAAAACGGCGAUGACUCUACGACGGCGACGAGCGUGAACGGAUCGGUGAACGGGAGCACGGCGAGCACGCCGCUGACGAGUCUGUCGGCGUCGACGAGCCAGGAGGAUCUGACGUCGAUGGCGAAGCUGAAGAUCGCGACCGACCGGAGUGCGUCUGGUGUGCUCGUCUCUGACCCGAAGGGCCGUGAUAUCAAAAUUGAUCAGUAUACUCUUUCGUUCCAUGGUCGGCUGCUCAUCGAGGGCGCGGAGAUCUCGCUCAACUACGGCCAGCGGUACGGUCUGCUGGGCGAGAACGGCUCUGGCAAGUCCACUUUCCUCCAAUCCAUCGCCGAGCAAGACAUCCCCCUCCCCGAGCACAUCGACAUCUACCUCGUCCGCGGCGAGGCCGAGCCCUCGGACGUCAACGCCGUCGACUUCAUCGUCUCCUCCGCAAAGCAGAAGGUCGCCAAGCUCGAGGCGCGCAUCGAGGAGAUGUCCACCGCCGACGACAUCGACGAGGUCGGCCUCGAGCACCUCUACGAGGAGCUCGAGGAGAUGGACCCGAGCACAUUCGAGGCCAAGGCAGGGAGUAUCCUCCACGGGCUGGGGUUCAGCCCGGAGAUGAUGAAGAAGCCGACCAAGGAUAUGAGUGGUGGGUGGCGGAUGCGUGUUGCGCUUGCGCGCGCGCUGUUCGUGAAGCCGCAUCUGCUCCUGCUCGACGAGCCGACGAACCAUCUCGAUCUCGGUGCGGUCGUCUGGCUCGAGGCGUACCUCUCGACGUACAACCAUAUCCUUGUCAUCACGUCCCAUUCGCAGGAUUUCAUGGACAGUGUGUGCACGAAUAUCAUGGACCUGACGAUCAAGAAGAAGCUCGUGUACUAUGGCGGUAACUACUCGACCUACGUCCGUACGAAGGCCGAGAACGAAGUCAACCAGAUGAAAGCGUACCACAAGCAGCAGGAGGAAAUCGCCCACAUCAAGAAGUUCAUCGCCUCCGCGGGUACGUAUGCGAACCUCGUCAAGCAGGCCAAGUCGAAGCAGAAGAUCAUCGACAAGAUGGAGGCCGCCGGCCUCAUCGAGAAGAUCGAGCAGCCGCGACCGCUCAACUUCCAGUUUGAAGACGUGCGCAAGCUCCCACCGCCCAUCAUCGCCUUCUCCGACGUUGCCUUCUCGUACUCGGGCAAGAAGGAGGACUAUCUGUACGAGCACCUGUCUUUCGGUAUCGACAUGGACUCGCGCGUCGCCAUCCUCGGCGCGAACGGCGCUGGGAAAUCGACCCUCCUCCACCUCGUCAUGGGCGUCCUCCAGCCGUGCGAGGGCACGGUCUCGCGCCACUCGUCGCUGAAGCUCGCCAAGUACUCGCAGCACUCGGCCGACCAGCUCCCGUACGACAAGUCGCCUAUCGAGUACUUCCAAGCGUUGUUCCACGAGAAGUACCCCGAGAAGGACGUGCAGGCGUGGCGCCAGCAGCUCGGCCGCUUUGGCCUGUCGGGCGCUCACCAGACGUCGCCGAUUUCGCACUUGUCGGACGGGUUGAGGAACCGCGUCGUGUUUGCGCAGCUCGCGAUGGAGCACCCGCAUAUCUUGUUGCUCGACGAGCCGACUAACCACUUGGACAUGUCGUCCAUCGACGCACUCGCGCGUGCGAUCAAGGAAUUCGAGGGCGGCGUUGUCAUCGUGUCUCAUGACUUCCGGCUCAUCUCCCAGGUCGCUGAGGAGCUGUGGGAAGUCAAGGACCGCACGAUCAGGAACUUGACCAAGGAAGACAUCUCGAUCGUCGACUACAAGCGGUCGCUCAUGAAGCAAAGUGAGGCCGCGCUCGAGAAGGCCAAGCUCAUCAGCAAGACGACGGGGAAGACGAAGACGUGAACCAAUUCAUAUGCGCGCAAGGCAAUACUGUAUUUGUGCACCGCGUUUCCGUCUCAACUGUAUCAGCAUUACCAUUUCCACUUUCUCCCCCCCAUAUUCCCCACAUAUCGUGAUUCAUGAUCCAAUGCUGUAGCGACAUCUAUUGUUAGACGUGUACUCAUCAUCAGUUGUUUCUCGAAUACUAUGGCAGUUCGCUAUCCUUGGAUCGUGCUUCUUGCUCUUGGUCCGGUG